AUGCUCGUCUCUUCCUAUAUGAGAAGGAAGCGCCCCAAAGAGGCGUUGAAAGUGUACCAUUGGAUGCUUAGGCCUGGCUCUGCUUGUAAAGUAGGAAAGGAUGUGUACUGGGUUUUGGUUUAUGGGUUUUGCAACCUGAGUUUGGUUUUUGAUUCCUUGAAGGUUUUGAGGGACAUGGUGGAUGAGGGGUUGCUACCUGGGAAUGGAUUGAGAAGGAUUGUUAAAAGGAGUUUGUUGUGGGAAGCCAGAGUUUGUGAGGCAGUUGAGCUAGACACAGCCUUGAGUGCCUGCUGCACUGAAGGAGCUGCUGGCGAAUUUUAUACGAGAACUUGUUAG